CAUGUGUAUUACAUUGUAUUUAUGUGUGGGGCAAAAGUAACUUUCCUGUUUGUCAGACAGGCUUUCACUUUGUUGAGUUGCUAGCAAGUGUACUCUUACUGCUUGCGAAUAGCAGUGUAUAUCUAUAAUGGAAGGACGAAUGCAGUGGUUUAUUGCGCUCUGUAUUUCUGUGAUAAGUGUUCAAGUAUCUGGCGGCGAACGCCUUCGUGUGCAAUGGGAUCGAGUGGAUACUUCCUUUCCAGAUGAUUUUGACACUGUUCAACUUCGUGAAGUUGGCAGUUUUCAUUGGGAAAAGAAAAGUUUUUUGGUGAGCAACCCGUCACGUCAUGUGACUGGAUAUGUAGCCUAUGUGGAUGACCCAUCGCGUUUUCACUUUGCCCUGCCGUCAGAAGGAUGUGGUCAUCGAGUGAAAACGUCGUUAACUGCUAAGCAGAAUGGCUGUACUUACGCCACAAAUGCUGGUUUCUUUGACAUGAACACCGGUCAGUGUAUGGGAAAUCUGGUGAUCAACAAGAACGAAAUACAGCUGUCCAGUGAUCUUGAACGAGUAACGUUCGGUCUCCUCGGAAAUCAGGUUCUCAUUGGAUACAUUCAAGUGUCAUCCCUAAAGCGACUGCCCCCGUUUGAUGAACUGAUCAGUGGUGCUGGGUGGCUAGUGCGUGAAUCCAAGUCGAUAGUCAAUGUCAGCCGAGUCACGGAGCACAUUGAGGACGGUUUUGUGACUGAGAAAGCGCCGCGUACUGGUCUGGGCGUGCUCGCGUCGGGUCAACUUGUUGUUCUACAGGUGGAUGGUAUUGAAGACGAGAAAAAGGGAGUUGACCUGUAUGAGUUUGCAGAAUGCUUCACAUCACUAAACGCGACGCAGGCAAUGAACUUGGACGGCGGUGGUAGCAGUGUAAGCUGGUCGGCCAGUGAUGGCAUCAUAGACUAUCCAACAUGCAGUGAUACUCCUGUGAAGUGCGAACGAGCCGUCACCUCCAUUGUUUGCAUCAAGUAGACAUGUAGAUGGCAGGCUGCUUGAAGUCGAUCACGCCGUGAACUGAUUGCUAGUACUUGAAGUACACCAUCGGAGUCUGAAAUCUGAAAAUGAACGAUUAUCCCUUGCCCUGAGGAUUACAGAGCCAGUUUCCAAACUGUGCUCCUUUCUGCUGCUGCUGCUUUGUUUGUCAAGCGCACUACUUACUGUCUUACGUUAUCAUUAUAAUCAUACCCAUGCUGGUCAUGGACGUUAUUCUAAACUUAUUUCAAAAGUGACUUUUCAACAGCUACAAAA